CCCGUGUAUUAUCCCUAUUUCCUGUGCUUGCAUGCUGGCUGUAUUCUUUUCCUUUUGCGAGUAAUAACACAUUGCAUUGUCUGUCUUUGGGAUCAGAUCAUUGCAGAGAAUCUCUCUGCAGAAGAAAUUCACGGCCUCAAAGCAAUGUUCCACAAUAUUGACACUGAUAAUAGCGGCACUAUCACUUAUGAAGAACUGAAGAGCGGAUUGGCUAAACUUGGCUCAAAGCUCACAGAGGCUGAAGUCAAGCAAUUGAUGGAAGCUGCCGAUGUAGAUGGAAAUGGCUCAAUUGACUACACUGAAUUCAUCACCGCCACCAUGCAUAAGCACAGGCUAGAAAGAGACGAAAAUCUAUUUACUGCAUUUCAGUAUUUUGAUAAAGAUGGCAGUGGGUACGUACUAUGU